AAAUAUGGAAUAUCAAAGAAAAAAUCCAAAGCCAAUCAUUUUGAUCACGAAAACAUAUCCAGCUGCGGGUGCACGCACAAGAAAAGACUCCUUCACGUACCAAAACAAUUCUACCUCUCCUGAUUGGCCAUUACAAAAGCUUUUAAUAGUCUUUCCUUCCCCUCUAGGCUUCUCCAGUGUAAGCUGUCCAACUUUCACCACACUGCCAUGAAAAACAAAACAAGCAAACCUCUCCUUUUCUUCUCACGUUAGGGUUUCUCUGUUUCUCUUCAUCCGUUCAACUGUAGCAAAACCUCAACUAGGUUUGUCACUUGUAACUUUUUCAUCUUCCUUUUGUCUUUUUAACGUGAUACUUGCUCUUGCAUUGACCCUUCUGUAUCUGUGUUUUGCUUGGAUUUUCAUUUUUAAAGUGGGUUUUCUUUGAUCAACAUAGAAUAGGCUGGAGUUGGAACUUGGGAGAGUUGAAAAAAAAAAGUAAAAAACCAUAAAAAUUUGUUCUUGCAUUCGAUUUUUAAAUUUGGGUUUGGCCUUGUUUGGUUUUUUAGAAAGUGGGUUUUACAUAUGAGUUUCUCUUAAGAGAGUUGAAGAAGAGAAAGAGCUUCGAACUUGCUUUUGUUUCCUUGGUUUUUUCUGCAGUUGGGUUUGGAAUUGUUUGUUUUGUAUUUUUUUUAAGGGUGGAAGGUUUCUGCAUUUUGUUUCUGUUUUUCUUGUAAUGGAGGAUAUUAAGGCAGAUGUGAAACUUGGUGAGUUAAAGAGGGAGAACCUUCGUAAGUCGCUUGAGCAAACCAGGGCUCAAGCGUCUUCAGUUCUGAUGUUUACUUUGCAAUGGAAAGAAUUAGAGAAUCAUUUUGAUUUGGUUCAACAGAAUAUUGAGAAAAGAGUAGAGGCUGUUGAAUUGCAAGAAAAAGAGCUAGAAACUGCAUUGAGGCUAUUGAGGGAAAGACGAGAAGAGAUUGGUUUGAAAGAAAAUGAAUUAAGUUUGUUGGAUAAAAAGAUUGAAGAAUGUAAUGCUGAGCUUAAGUUGAAACAAGAUCAAAUCGAUUUGAUGCAAAAAUCGUAUGCAGAGUGUUCAUUGGAGUUUAAAUCGAAAAAAGAGGACUUGGAUUUGGUUAGAAAAUUCGUUGAGGGUUGUUCUAAGGAGCUUAGUUUGAAGAAAGAGCAAUUGUGUUCUGUGCAGAAGUUGAUAAGUGAAUGUUGUGAGAAGCUAGAAGGGAAGGAGAAGCAAUUGGGUUUGGUAGAGGAACAAAUUCAAAAAUCUAGUAGGGAAAUUGAUGUGAAAAAGAAGAAGUUGGAUUUGUUGCGGUUGUUGGUUGAAGAAUGUGAAGGAAAGCUUGAGUCAAAAGAGAGGGAGUUGGGGUUAGUGGCAAGAAGAGUUGAUGAAUGUUGUAAUGAGAUUUGUCUCAAAGAUAAUCAAUUGGACCAUUUACAGAGAUCCAUUAAUGAAAAAUGUAGGGAACUUGAGUUGAAAGAGAUGGACAUAGAUUUGAAGGAAAAUAUGAUGAAGGAGUAUGAUGAGGGGCUUGCAUUCAAAGAGAAGGAGUUAGAAUGUUUGCGAAAUUCAAUCAAGGAAUGUUCUAACCAACUUGACAUGAAGCAGAACGAACUUGUUAGAAGGCAAGAAAUGAUUGAGUACCAUUGUAAACAGCUUUAUGAGGAGGAGAAAACUCUAGAUUCAUUCAAAUCCUUGAUUCAGGACUGCACUGAAGCACUUGAAGCCAAAGAGAAAAAACAUGAUGCACUUGACAAAUCUGUCAGAUACUAUGCUGCUAAACUCAAAUCUAAGGAGAAGGAAUUAGGCUUGAUUGAACAAACAAUUAUGGAUCGCUCAGUGGAGCUUCAUUCGAGAGAUAUUGAAUUUGGUUCACUGCAGACAACGAUAAGGAGGAGCGAGAAACAGCUUGAAUCAUCAAAGAAGGAGCUUGAUUCAGUCAAAGAGAGGGUGAUAGGAUAUUCUGAGGAUCUUGAAUUGAAAAAGCAGGAGUUCAAUGCUAUACAAAUGUGCAUUGAAGAACAUAAGCAAGAACUCUAUUUGAAAGAGAAGCAACUAAGCUCUGUCCAAAUAUCAAUACAAGGAUGCAGAAAGCAGCUGAAAGCAGAGGAGGAACAGCUUGUCUCAAUCAAAAACUCAAUUUUGGAGUGCACCAAUGAACUUGAAUUAAAACAACAGCACCUUAAAGCAAAACAAAAAUCUCAAGAACAGCUCUCUGAUUUGCUUGAAUCAAAAGAAAAGCAACUGGAUUUAGUUGAAAAGGCAUGCAGUGAACGCCUACAGGAGGCCAAUGUGAGGGAGAAGCAUCUUGAUGCACUUAAAAGAUCAGUAGAGGAACACUUGGAAAAAUUGGAAACCGAAAAGAGGGGGUUUGAUGCUCGUGUCAAGGAGUUUGAACUGAAAGAAAAAAAAUUUGAUUCUGUCCUAAAGGCAGUUGAACAACGCUGUAAAGAACUAGAAUUGAAAGAGAAGCAACUAAUUAAUGCCCUUCAUUCUCAAUCGAGGAGUGAGAAUCCUUGUUUGUCCUUUCAGGUCCUUGGAACCACAAACAUGGUAACAGUAAACCCCAUCACCCCUAACCAAAUAAAGACUGAGCAGCCAGAACAUUUUAUGAUUAGCAAUGCAAAUGAAACUUCAUCUACUGAUUUUGGGGUUGGUGCUACAAUGGAUGGAAUGAGUUUGCAAGGUAUCCUCAGUGAGCAUUUAGAUGAGCCUGAUUUGAGACAGAAUGAAGUUUUGUCUGCUCUUCAAAUCUCACCAGAUCCAGCCAAGUUUGUUCUGGACCUGAUGCUAGGGACAUGUUCUCAACAUCAGAAUAAGGGUGGGACAGGAUUUGAAGAAAGUGUUCUGAAGAUUUAUGUCCUUAUGUUGGAGCAACUUUUGCAAGUUUCACCACUUGUGCAACCUAACGUAAAAGCAGAUGCAUUGAAGUUGGCAAUUGAGUGGAGAGCGAAGAUGAAACUGAGUGCUGAAAAUUCUAUUGAGAUUAUAGGUUUUUUACAGUUUGUUGCUGCUUUUGGAUUGGUGUCAUCGUUUAACAGAGAUGAAAUCUUCAAACUUCUUGGGACUGCUGCUCGACACCAACAGGCUCGAAAUAUAUGCCAGGUCCUUGGUUUUGCAGAUAUGAUUCCUGAUUUCAUUGGUAGUCUUAUUGAAAGGAAGCAGUAUAUUGAAGCUGUUAGGUUUGUCUGUGCAUUUGAUUCCAAGGACAAGUGCCCAACAGAACUGCUUUUAAACCUAUUCUGGGAAGAUAUAAAUAAAGUGGCACGUGAUAGAUGUAAGAUGGGGAAGAAUUUGCCUGAAGUACAGGAGAAGGCCAUAGAUGAACAGAUAGCUGCACUGAAAUCAGCAAUUGAAUGCAUCAAGGAUUGUAAGCUUGAAUCCAGUAUGCCGGUUGAGGUCAUUGAGAAGUGCAUUGCAGAGAUAGAAAAGCAAAAGAUGACCAGGAGAUUUUCUGCACCAGCCCCAGCACCUGCUGUUCAAACGAAGGUGCAGGGCCAGACAACUUGUGAUCAUGGCCGUUCUGUCCUCAGGAAUCAACCCAGUCCUGUCCCUGCAGUUCAACAGUUUCAAGGUGGGAUCUGUGCUUCCACUCCGGGGACUCAACUGCAAGGGUUGAGCAAAAAGCGUGCUCGGAUUGAUGGACCAGUUAUUAAUAUCUACGCUCCUCAAGGGGCAACAUUUAACGAUCCGAAUAAUCGAUCAGCUUCACAGCAAGGAUUCGGUGUUCCACUUAAUCAAGGCGUAGCUCAUUUUGGAUUGCCUGCCAAGUCAGGUUAUUCAUCUAAUUUAGGUACCAGGCAAUUAAAUGCUGCUCGAGAACAAUGCUUGAAACUCAACAGGCCCAAGCAGUUGUAGUUCCUGUCUGGUAACUCUCUCAAGAACCACUUCGCCUGUACAUAUUAUAUAUAGGCCGUAUAUAUAUAGAUUAGGCCAUGGUUUUUUUAUUUUUUGUUGGCAAUGAAUCAUACUGACCCUUCGCAACCAUGUCUGAAAUGGGUCACUAACUCCCGAUCUAUUACCUAGUUUAAAUGCUAUCACUGGUUAAUCCAUGUACUUGGGAA